AUGAGCAUCGAAGGCCCUGGUGUGUGGGUAACCUGUAUACGAGGCAAAGAGAAGCAAGCUGUAGGAGAGUUAUAUGAUCUAUUUGAACAGCUUGCCUCAGAAACGUGGCCAAGCGAGGGUGAGGCGCAAGCCCAAGAUGCCAGUGAUGAAGACAAGGACGAUGACGAUGACGAUGACAUUGAAAGGCAGAUCGCAAAAGAGAUGUCCGGAAUGAAGCGUCCGAAGAAAGAGACAAGGUUCGCAAGCUGUCAGACAAGCACUCCAUGCUUCGUUGCACUAUCCUGCAAGCCGCCAGUGGAUCCGGUUCAGCUGGUCACGAGAUACAUCGCGGGCGUCGUUGAGUCAGGUGUCACACGAACAAGAGCCGUGCAGAGACUGACACCAGUCUCAGCUACGUGCAUCACCAACUUGCAGGAAAUCACAGCUCUUUGUAGCAAGCUCCUCGCGCCGUUCUUGGCUGAUGGGAAGACCUUCACCGUAUGUCCCACUUUAUUUGACUCUUUGAAUCAGUACAAAAUUGAACUACGGAUGCGAAAUCACAACACCUUGACACGACUGAAAAUCAUCGAGGAGGUUGCCAAGUGCGUGCCAGGGAUUUGCAAAGUUGACCUCGAGAGCCCAGAGGUGUUUAUCCUCAUCGAAAUCUUCAAAAGCGUGUGUGGUAUCGGCAUUGUUCGUGAUUACUACCGCCUGCAAAAAUUCAAUGUCAUGGAGAUUGUGAAGACGGAGGAGCAGGCAUUCAAGGACAACGAAGGCAGAAUGAAAACUUCAGCUGGCCCGAGGAGCAAGCAAGCGGAGACGCUGGUACCUGCCCUGCCCGUAGAGAGGAGCUAA